AUGGCGAUCGGUGGAGCAAUUAGCAGUGGUGUUGAAAAUGUACAUUACAACGGCAAAGUUACAGUCACCGUUAUGCUUUCAUGUAUUAUCGCAGCCACCGGUGGACUCCUCUUCGGCUAUGAUACUGGAGUUACAGGUGGAGUAACCUCAAUGGAGGCCUUCCUCAAGAAAUUCUUCCCUGAGGUCUACACAAACAUGAACUCCAAUACACAAGUCAGCAACUACUGCAAAUUCGACAGCCAGCUCUUGACGGCGUUUUCGUCGUCAAUCUAUGUAUCCGGCCUCAUCGCCUCUUUCUUUGCUUCGCGCGUAACUAUGGAGUAUGGCCGCAAGCGUUCUAUUAUCUACGGUGGAAUCGCGUUUUUUAGCGGGGCCGCCAUUGGCGGCGCCGCCGAAAACCUCUACACGCUGAUGAUGGGACGUCUCCUGCUCGGUGUCGGGGUCGGUUUCGCCAACCAGGCUGUCCCGCUGUACCUAUCGGAAAUGGCUCCCUCGAAAUACAGAGGAGCCUUCAACUUCGGUUUCCAAUGCUUUGUCAGCGUCGGGAGCACGGGCGCCUUCAUCCUCAACUACGUCACCUCAGAAAUCGGCGGCGAUCUCGGGUGGCGGAUUUCUUUGGCCACGGCUGUUGUCCCUGCCUCUGUCCUCAUACUCGGGACCCUAUUCCUCCCGGAGACUCCCAACAGCCUUAUCCAGCGGGGACACGACACGGAGGACGCUAGGAAGCUCCUCCAGAAAAUCCGUGGGACGGAUGACAUGGCGAUUGGGGGGAUCAUGGCUGAGAAGCUCGGAGACCACGGGGCAUUGAGCCCGGGCUACAAUGCUGCAAUUGUGGUCUUGAUAUGCGCGUACGUGACCGCAUUUGGGUUCUCGUGGGGCCCGCUCGGGUGGCUGGUGACUAGCGAGAUCUUCCCCUUGGAGAUACGUUCGACAGGGCAGAGCAUAACUGUGGCAGUCAGCUUCUUAUUCAGUUUCGUGAUCGGGCAGGUGUUUUUGGCCAUUUUGUGUCAUCUCAAGUCGGGGACCUUCUUCUUCUUCGGGGGAUGGGUGGCGUUCAUGACAGGCUUCGUUUUCUUCCUACUGCCGGAGACGAAGAAUGUGCCGAUCGAGAAGAUGGAUAAGAUAUGGAGGGAGCACUGGUUCUGGAGGAGGGCGGUUGAAGGAAUUCCGACAUUUGUUUUAGUAGAAGGCGAGACUGAUCGAGAACUCGUUCUCAAGGUGGAGGAGCGACGGCAUGACGCGAGCGUCGUUGGUGAAGGUGAUAAUAGAGGGUCCGACGGUCCUGACUCCGACGCCGCCAAUGGUUUUAUCAUCGUUGAAGGAGGCGACGGCAUGACGCGGGCGUCGUUGGUGAAGGUGAUAUUGGAUGGCCCGACAGUCCUGACUCCGACGCCGCUGAUGGUUUUAUCAUCGUUGAAGGAGACUGUCAUCAUCUCCAUCGCCCGCAACCCGUGGCCACCACUAGCUGUCCUGCAGGGAAAUUUCCGGCGCGUUCAGCUAGAUUUCAUCUCAUCAUAUGCACAAUGA